AUGCUAAAAUAAUUCAAGAGAUGUAGUUUUAGAUCUAAAUCACUGCCAAGAGGGAUUCCCUUACUUGUUCAUAAGUUUAUAAAUACUCGAGUGCGCUAUGUUCGUAGAAAUGCAAUCAAGACUUAUGCAUCUGGACCUUUAGAAACUCCAACAACCAUUGCCCGUCGAAAAUCUUGUGAGGGAGAUGAGUUUGGCUACUUUCGAUCCAGUAAGGAAUGGAUGCAGUUAGUUAAAAUUGAUAAUCCACAACAUCGGAAUUAGAAUUUAGCCAGAAUCGUAUUUUUAAGACUCAAACACGGGAAUUCACCAAGUCAAUCUAAGCGCGUUCUUUCUUUAAAAAAGUGCUUCAAAGACCAAGUAAAUUUGCUCCGUAUAUUAUCAACUUUUAAACCAAAAGUAACAGUUUAAUAAAUUGAUCUUGUUAACCAAUCAAAGAAGAUUAAUAUGCCUCUUUUGCCAUCUCCCAAGGCUAAAGUGCAUACUAAAUUAUUCCCCUUCAAUAAGUCAAUUACCAUCGAUCAACCUCUUUUUCCAAAAAAGAUGCAUAGAAAUUGGAGCCAAUUGGAUAUUAUGUCACCUUAAAAGGCAAUAACAUAACCAACUUCCAAUUAUGUGAGUCCAAGGAAGUUCAAAAAAUCAAUAAUGAACAUAUACGGAAUUUCAAAUACUAUGCACCUCAUAAAGUACUGA